UUAAUGUUUGUAAAACUAGGCCACACGAGAAAAUUGCAUAAAGCGCAAGUCGUGUUUGUGAAAUUAUUCGAAAUAGCGGAUUUGGCGUGGUGACCUAAUUGUUUCAAAGGUUUGGGGGGAUAAGGUAGUUACCAGAGACUAUAGAUAAACCUUGGCAGUGGCGGUGAUCCUCCUGGUGUCCCUGUACUUGUAUGGCACAAGGACUUUCAAAUAUUGGCAGCAAAGAGGAGUCAAACAUGACAAACCGAAGCCUUUUGUGGGAAACAACCUGUAUGGGCUCUUGUUCAAGAAAAGUAUGACACAAGUUGCCAAUGAAUUGUACUGGAAGUACCCCAACGAACCUGUGGUGGGAUUCUUCAGAGCGACAGAGCCAGAACUAGUUAUCAGAGAUCCAGACAUUGUGAAACGAAUACUGAUCACAGACUUCGACCACUUCUAUAAACGUGGUUUGGUACACGAAAACACAGUGUUUGAACCUCUCAUGCAGAACUUAUUCUUUGCUGAAGGAGACGUUUGGAAGCUGCUGAGACAGAGAAUAACUCCCUCCUUCACUACAGGAAAACUGAAGGGUAUGUUCCCGCUGAUCGUGGAGCGAGCAGAGAAGCUGAGAGCGCGCACGCUGGCAGCCGCUGUCAAAGGCAAACCGAUCGACGCCAGAGACCUGAUGGCGAGGUUCACAACUGACUUUAUCGGCGCUUGUGGCUUUGGGCUCGACGCAGACUCGCUCAACGAAGAAGACUCGGCAUUCAGAAAACUUGGCAUUAAAAUAUUCAAAAUUGAGUGGAAAGAUAUAAUUAAGACCGUACUGAAGGAUAUGUUCCCUGACUUGUUCCGGAACCUGAAGGUAUGGACUCGUAUAGAAGGAGACAUGUUCGACCUCGUCGGAGAAAUUUUGCGAAAGAGAAACCACAAGCCCAUAGGGAGAAACGACUUUAUUGAUUUGAUACUGGAAUGUCAAAUGAAAGGAACUAUGAAAGGCGAAUCUAUUGAAGCGAAGAAACCAGAUGGCUCACCUGAGAUCGCCACUCUAGAAAUGGAUCUCGGGCUUAUCGCUGCUCAAGUGUUUGUUUUCUUCGCCGCCGGGUUUGAGACUUCCUCAUCGGCCACUAGUUACACCCUCCACCAGUUGGCAUAUCAUCCCGAAGUGCAGAAAAAAGCUCAGGAUGAGAUCGAUCGUGUGUUAGCUAAACAUAAUGGACAACUGUCAUACGACGCCGUCAAAGAGUUGACUUACUUGGAAUGGGUGUUCAAGGAAGGACUCCGCAUGUUCCCAUCUCUUGGCUUCUUGCUGAGGAAGAGCACCAGACCCUACUUCUUCCCCGAGCUGAACAUGACCAUAGAUGAGAAUAUAAAUAUCUUGAUACCCCUGCAGUCUCUCCACAACGACCCCAAAUACUUCCCCGAGCCUGAAGUGUUCCGCCCGGAGCGGUUCGACCCUGAGGAGUUCGACUCCAACAACAAAUACGUGUAUCUGCCGUUUGGGGAGGGACCCAGAGCUUGUAUAGGAGCUCGUCUCGGUCUGAUGCAGUCGCUGGCUGGUCUGGCGGCGGUGCUGUCCAGCUUCACAGUGGAGCCGGCGCCGGAAACGAAGCGAGUUCCCACCGUGGACCCCAAGUCCAGCAUCGUGCAGAGCAUAUCCAAUGGGCUACCACUCAUGUUCAUCGAAAGAAAGGAGUAA